GCUCACUUUUCUUUUUAGAGAAACAAAGGAAAGAGCAUGAGUGAUAAAUAUCUGGGCUGCUACUUUUAAUCAACAGUCUGCUGCUGUUGCUAUUGUUGCAGGUGGACGCUGUGGUUGAACUCGCUACCAUGGCUCUUCCUUUUGGGGUUUCUUGGCUUUGCACUCUGUUGUUAUGGGGCUGCCUUUGUUUUCCUCCUCAAAAAGGUUACAACUUUGCACAUGGCUACUCACUCAAUGAUGAUGAAUUCAGUAGCUAUGCAGGUGCAUUUGGUCCACAAACCUCAACCCAGCUUAAUUCUGGAGCAAAUCAUGAUUCUGUUAGUCCAAGAGAUGAGUCACAAGAUAUGUGGCACCAGAGCUUUGUCUCCCUUCAGAGAGAACCAGCCCACCAUAAAUACAAUAAAGAUGUUAUCUCUGUUAACCCCGGUGAAGACAAGCUGGUGCAAAGCGAAUCUGACUCAGAACAGCCAGGGGCCGCCCCCACUCCCUUUGUGCAGAAACAUGAGCAAGUAACUUCUGGUUAUCAACAUCCCUUUGGCCUUUUAGUGAAGGAGCAUACACAAAAGAAAGCAGCAAAGGGCAUCAGUUUCCCAUCAAUCAAAGACUUCAAAAAAUUUAUAGAAUCUAUGAAGAGCUCCUUCUUAACGCCAGGAAGUGACUUGAGUAGACAUUUUCAUACCGCACGGCAAACUAUGAAAAAUGAGAUGGCUUCUGGUGCACAGAAUAUUAAAGGAGAGUCUUCUAAUUCUGCAGAAGAAGGAUCUGCCCAUGAUGAUGGCAGUGAAAAUGAAGUCUGGAGUGAACCUAUGAAUUCAGUCUUUGAACAAAGCGAACAGGGUGCCAACUAUGAAACACCAAGUGAAAGCCUCUCUGUGCCUGACCCUGUCAUCGCCACUGCAGGUCUCAUUUCUCCCAGUGUUUAUGAGAGCCAAGACUCUGGACUGGGCUCGGCUUUCUACCCCAGCCCUCAGCUAGCAGCCACAGAACAUGUGUCAAGUCAUUAUGGACAUUUUUCCAAUGCUGGUUUUUCUAGGGAAACCCCUGAAUUUUUGACACAUCCUCCUCAUGUGCAUGAAUAUGUUCAGUCAAAAAGUUACAACAGGUUCCCUGAACAAAUUCCAUUUUCUUCCAACUCAUAUGGUGAGUAUUUUUCUUCCAGUUCCCAUGUGACUGCAUCUCCACUUGAACAUCCAAUCAGUUCAGCUCAAGAUCUCAGCUACUAUCCAAGUAAGACAUCCAGUAUAACUCCUCUAACCUCUGAGCAGAAAAUCCAGCAGCCCACAUAUACAUCUCACAGUAAAGACUCUCCAACAGGGUAUCAAAAACCAUCUGAUGGCUUUGAACUCAGUGGAUAUUUGCAAAGUGAGAGUCUGGGUGAAGUGAUUCCACAAAAUCCCCCAUCUUCUUAUGGCAAAAGCCUCUACGUCCGUGCUCCAAGAGUUCAACACCCAUUAUCAAACAAUAUCCCAGAUCAGCAGCCCACCCAUGGGGAAAGACCAGCCCCAUCAGUUCAGAGAUAUCAACCCACAGUUGGCAAGGAAUCUAAGGAUAUAAACUUCUCUCCCUCUGUCCAUCUCCCUAGUGGCUCUGUUUCCUCAAGUUCUAAUAUCCUCUCACCACCGAGUAUUAGCGGUCAUGUGGGUGUCCAAGCAAGCAGCCCACAUGACCUUCUGAAUCGAGUGUUUGGCAGAAAGCAGCUAGUCAAAUCUCAUCUCAUGUUUACUGUGAAACCUUCAAGCUCUCCUCAUGGCUCAAGCAGACAUAAUGACUAUCUUGGAGACCAGAGUGUCGGUGGUCCUCAUCCCUCCAUUAUUUCUACCCGAGCAAAAGAUGAGGAGAAAUCAGACCUUUCUGAGCAGGCUCUAGUCUCUGCCAUUCAGGAACCAAAACAUAUGACUGAAAAUACCCCAAUUCCUGUCUCUAGUGGCUUAGAUGUGAGUUUCAACUCCCCAACUAACUUGGCUCCAGCCUCAUUAGUUGGUGACAAAGUCAUGUCCAGGAACUUUGAAACCCAGAACAUGAUCUCUUAUAUGUUUCCAUCUGGUAUAUAUGGCACCAGAAAGCCCUCUGAUUUAUUUUCUACACCUUUAAGGCAAGGCAUUUCUCUAAAUGAAGGCUACGUGAGUGCAACCAGAGCUGACCUUCUACAGAACUUCAUACAACCUACCAAAGAACAGAAACGUCCAGCCAAUGUGAAUAAAAAGCUUGGCAACGUCGCCAACAGACCUCUUAAACCGCUGUCUACAUCCAAAGUUUUUGGUUCUACUUUAAGCAACAUCCUAUGGAGAAAUGAUGGCUACAGAAAAAGGCCUCCCCUUCCCAUCAACACUGACUUGUCACCGCCAUCUGUAAAUGCUUACAUUGUGAAAUCCAGAAACCGUUAUGUAAGGGGUAAAUUAUCUCUAUCAGAGACCCGUUACACACCACAUCUGCUGAAUGAAGGCGAGGCUAGUAAGGACCAAUGGAAACCUGCCCGAAGACAACGUAAAUACAACAUUACAUCCCAUAAUGUAAAAGAACUGGAAGAAAAGUAAAGGAGCGUCAACUUUUUCAAGUGAGACGUUAAAUGUUAUGGAAAAACUUUCAAAUGUUUUGCUUGUGAACAUAACUGGUGUGUUAUAGAUGGAACUUCAGUCUAUUAAAUUCUGUUAAAUACUAAACUAAAAUUUAUUAAACUAAAAUUAUUUCUCACA